AGAACUACAAGGCAAUGUUGACUCAAACAUAGGAAGCAACUUAGAUGAUUCUGAAAAUUUCUUAGAAGUAGAUGAUUCCAACAUUGAUACAAAAAGAACACCUCGAGAACUACAAGGCAAUGUUGACUCAAACAUAGGAAGCAACUUAGAUGAUUCUGAAAAUUUCUUAGAAGUAGAUGAUUCCAACAUUGAUACAAAAAGAACACCUCGAGAACUACAGGACAAUAUUGACACAAGCUUAGAAAUCUACUUAAAUGAUUCUGGAAAUUUUUUUGAAGUAGAUGAUUCCAACAAUAAUACAAAUCAAUCAACUGUUAUGAUGCAAAAUGAGCCUUCAACAAGCUGCAAUGAAAAAAAAAAAAAUUCAUUCUUCGAUUUAUCAUAUGAUACAAAUAAUGAAUGUUUAAAAAAUCUCACUAAAACAAUAGAAAAGUCAAUUCUAUCAAAUCUCUAUAAAUUAUUCGAUGAAAAAAAUGUUAAGGACAUAAAUUCCAACUCAAAUGUAACAAAUAGUAUCGGGAAUGCUGGACUGGAAGAAACAGCGAUGACAAAUGAUCUCUUCGAAUUAAGCCAGGGAAAAAAUGAAUACGACACAAAUACCAACAACAAUGAUGAAAUGGAAGAAACAGCUACGGCAGAUGGUGCUAUUGUUUCAGAAGAAACCAAAAAAAAGAGCAGAGAAGAAAGAAUUGGAAUUAGAGGAAGAGCCUGGAACUUACAUUUAAAGGAACAGAAAAAAAGAAGGAGAUCGGAGAAAAGAAAUAAACGAUUAAAAAUAAUUAGAGACAAUUUGACAAGGGAUAACCUCAACCAGGAACAAGAAUCUGGUUUUGCAGCAAUGCAAAAUCAGUCAAGAGCUGUGCCAUGUGUUCCCACUGCUCAAACGGAAACUAUGAACAAAGCCCUUGCUGGAGGACUAACUACUAGUCAACAAGAUGCGGACGAAAAAAAUAUGCAAGGAAGUUCGAUGGCUGGCCCAGCGUUUAGAGUAGCACCUCAAAGUCAUCCAUCCAAUUACAUAUAUACAACGAAUAUGCAAACUCCUCCUUAACCAAUAACGAUUCCAAUUCAAGCUCAUGUACAGAAAGCUGUUCACAUUCAAGGCCAAGAACUAUUGACUACUCCUUCCAUGUCCGCCGCUGCUCGAUUACAAGAAUAGAAACAAAUGUUAGAAAAACGUCUUUGUCCCUUGAUUAAAUGCAUAUAUCCAUAAAUCACUGACAACAUCACUGGUAUGUUAAUGGAGAUCAACAAUUCAGAAUUACUGCAUCUGCUUAAGCUUCGUGAGUCAUAGAAGGCCAAAGUUGAUGAAGCCGUAGCUGUGCUACAAGCUCAUCAGGUCAAACAAGUUAGUUACAAAGACGGACUCAAUUUAUCUUCUUCCCUUCUCUUCAAUUACUAAUUUGUCAAUUCUAAUCUAAUUAUUAUUACAAUUAUUAUUUUA